UCAGUUGGUUAUGGCGUGUGUGUCUCUCCGUCGCUCUCGUCCCGACGCCCAAACUAAUUGAUUAUAUGUCGAAUUUAAUGCCUGGAAGUGCCGAGCACAGUGGAUACAGGUGCAUACGGGCUGUGUGCGUGCGCGUGGCUGUCGCAAGGGUCAUAUGGAUCCCAGCAUAGGGUGGUACCAGCCGGAACAGCAGGGUCCAGCCAGGGAGCUCUGGGCCAGGAUCUGGUCCGCUCAGCAAGGCCUCGACAACAUGAACCUCAACGCCGACAACAACAACGUCUGAGGAAACGCGAGAACCGGGCCAGCACCUACGGCCUCAACCAGAACCACAAGAACCUCAUCGGGCGCUUCGGAGGAUGCCCCUGGAGGCGCCCCGAGGCCUCCUACGACCUGGUGAUAUUGACCUCGUAGUGAUUGGGAAGUGGGAUGCGUUACCUCUUCGAACGCUAGAGAAAGCUCUUUUGGACAACAAGAUCGCUGAGCCAUCCUCGCUGAAGGUCUUAGACAGAGCCUCGGUGCCAAUCGUGAAAUUAACAGACAGCGAAACUGAUGUCAAAGUGGACAUCUCUUUCAACAUGAGUAGUGGGGUGAACUCGGCACGGCUGAUUAAAGACUUCAAGAGAUUAUUCCCGCCGUUGCCCAAGCUGGUGAUGGUGCUGAAGCAGUUCCUCCUGCAGCGGGAUCUCAAUGAAGUGUUCACCGGCGGGAUUUCUUCCUACUCACUCAUCCUCAUGACGGUUAGCUUCCUGCAGCUACACCAACGGUUAGACGCAUCGCAGCCCAAUGCUAACCUUGGUGUCCUGUUAAUCGAGUUCUUUGAGCUGUAUGGUCGACACUUCAACUACUUGAAGACUGGCAUCAGAAUCAAGGAAGGAGGCGCCUAUAUCUCCAAAGAUGAGGUACAAAGAGACAUGCGUGAAGGUCACACACCAGCAGUGUUGUGUAUUGAAGAUCCCUUAAUACCAGGAAAUGACAUAGGGCGGUCUUCGUAUGGUGUGCUACAAGUUAAACAGGCAUUUGAAUAUGCAUAUAUUGUGUUGUCUCAGGCUGUGAACCCCUUAAAUAAUUUAAUCAAUGACCCUAACUCCUACUCGAUACUGGGGCGGAUCCUUCGAAUAACCGACGACGUAAUCACAUAUCGACACUGGAUCCGCAAGACUUUCCCUGUCACCCACCCCUCCCCUUCUUCAAGCAGUCAUCAUCUUACCCCCUCUCACCCUGCAACUCCGCCAACUCCACCUGUUGCAUUCCACACCCACAGCCAUCUGCAGCCUUAUCAUCUGAAGCUUCGGAACCUCAUUCCACACCCCCCUCUUCAGGCUCCUCAGUUAGUGAUGAUACGGAUUCUGAUCAGCCAGUUGAGAUGAGUGAGGGAAGCAGAGACAGCUCUCUUUCCAGUAGUAGCAGCAGUAAACAUACCUUACCAACCCCAAUUCCCUCACACCGUCUCCUGAGCUCCGUUGCACCUCUGACGACGACAGGCACCGCGGAAAACCACGGUACUGAAUCGGUAGAGGUCGUGGCAGAAAUCCAGCCGUCGCAAAGACAGACCCGCCACCAGUCCCCUGCCAACCACUCCUGGCAUCAGCAGCUGGCAGGAAACGCCGGAGGCAGCUCCACGGCACAGCCCGCGACCAAUGCUGGUAAUCAUAGCAACAGUCCGGUCAAACCAUGGCAUAAACAUAGAAGAUACUCUCAGUCUUCGCAAGGCUCGUCCACUGGCGUAGGAGAUGGCCGCACUGGCAAGAGUAACAGCGGGAGCAAGUAUAUGGGAGAUGUUGGCAGCGGGAAUGGAGGUGUGCACCAUGGCAGCAACAGCCACCAUGGUAAUGCGAGCAGUAGUGGCAAUCUGGGGGGUAGCAACCAGUCCAGAUACCACCGAACGGCCUUCAAUAAGCGCAAGAAGUCUGCUCGCCGGGACUCGGACGGCAGAGCGGAACUGAGGGAAUCUCAUCGGUGAUUGCCGGAGGAGAAUCUGACCGAUGGCAAAGUUGAUUAGGCCCCCUUGGGACUGCUUGUCAGGCAGAGGGUGCCGGUCCUCUUGUCGGUGAUUUAAACGGUGGAUUGUCAGGUGACUGUGAUGUCAGCCAUUGCCCCUCCUAGCGAGGCGCAGGCUGAGCCCUUCUUGUGUGUUUGUGUGAAUAUUCAAAACUGUCUGCGGCUCAUGAUUCUUGUGGCUAGUGGAGGGCGAGGUGUUGUGCCAAACCCAUGUGAAGGCAACCUUGCAUGUGGCAUGCUCAUUCAACAUAAAAGUGUUCCACAUUGGAAAACAUGCAGGGACUUUUUUUUCUUCCUUUAUCUGUCUCCAAAGAGUAGGAAUUAGGUGGCAGUGACACUUAUAGAGCCGAAGGUGGCAUCUUAUAAUUGGAAAGCAAAUGUAUAGGUGAUGCGUAUGCAUUUUUGUGUUCCUUCAUGUCUAGAAAAAAGAUAUAUACCAAAAAAGAAAACAAAAAGCUUUCUUAAGGGUUACUAUCAAAAGGGAAUUUGUGAUGAAAGAACUAUCAAGAUGUGUGCAAGUCAAUGUUGACAACAUCAUGUUAACUGUGAUGCAAAUGCUGUAUUGACAUGUUUUCAUUGAAGCACCUGGAUGGGCUUUUGCAACAGAAACUGAGAAUCGGUAUGAGGAGGAACUUGUGUGCCAGCACGCUCUCUGACAAUGAUGGAAGGGUAAGUGUCAUGACUCCUUCAUCUUCCACAAACCACAAGAAUUUUAGUAGACCAAUAUCUUUAGAGCUCAUUUUUAAAGAGUUUUAUUUAUAUUCUUUAAGCUCAACUUGGCUGUUUUGAUGACUAAUCCCAAAGUCAAUGAAGUCAUUUCAUAUUAAAAAAAGAAAAGUUUUAUAUGAGUUUAUCUUGAGAUUGUACAUUCAAUCUCUUUGAGUCAAAUUACUCUCUUUGAGUCAGAUUAACAGUAUGGGAAGUUUGUAUGCCUAAUGACUGCUGUUAUGGCCUGCUGUGCUUGGGAGACUUUUUGUUUUCACAACAAAUUCAAACCAAUGUUGGUCAUUUCCCCCCAGCGGAAUUGGGCAAAAAAUUGGGGUUCAUUAAACCCCUGUUGGAAGGUAUGUUCCUGGUUAAAGCUGGUGUUUAGAAUGUUAUAUAAAAGGC